UGUCCCUCUCUCCGCCCCAAAAUUUGAACGCUCCGGACUCCCAAAAUCACGCGCUCAAAGAACCCCCGCUCCUCCGUCUCCGCCGUACGCGUCGCCUCCGCCCCUUUCUUCCUACAUCUCUUUCUCUUUCUCCGCCAUGGACGCCGACGAAGACGCCCUAGGGCUUGGCUCUAGCUCGGCUCCCUCGGCGCCGGGGCGCGUCUCUCUCCCCCCUUUCUCCCCCAACCUCCCUUUUCCCUCUCCGCGCCGCCUCUCCAGCCGCUUCAGCCAGCCGAGCCGACCCGCACCCCCGGCGCGGAGGAAUCCGGCUUGGGUCUCGCUCCAGGGGCGCCUCGUCGGAGCGGAGGAAGCCACCUCGGCUCGAUUCGCCGCGCCGGGGUUGAGCCGCCACGAAGCCGCUGCGUGGGAGCUUUUUAGCCCUCUCCACCGAGUCCUCAUUGUCGCGGUCGUGGCCACUGCCACGUGGCGGUCGGAGAGAUCUCGGAAGGUCGCCCAGCUGCAGAGAUCGAUCGACCUCAGGGAUGAGGUGUUGCUUAGCAUGCAGCAGAAGCUUGACGACUUGUGUGAGGAAAUGAACUCUUUGCAGGAUCAAUCCGUUAAAUGUAACAGCAAAUCUGUUCGAUUAAUUGUCGAUACGAAACUAGAAGAGGAAGGAGAUAAGUUUUCCAGUUUCAUGCCAAAGUUGAACCGCGAGAGCGGCAUUACUCCUCUUAGUAUGCUAAAGGAUGUGAAUGGGACGGAAUCUCUAAAAGACGAGAAAUUUGAGAUCGUUGCGACAAAUUUGGUGGAGCAAGAGGAGCGCCGAAUGUCUGAUUUGUCUGACUUCUGUUGGAGUGUCACAUCUUCGGUAGACAACCAGUUAAACUCCUUGGCAGUAGACCAAGAAUUUUACAAUCUUCGCAAGGAGUGCGAGGAGAAGGAUGCGACCAUAAAGGAACUCUCUGCUGCUGCUCAGGUGUCCAGUAUUGCCGCCUCUAAGAGAAUAGCAGAAUUACAGGAGAUUGUAAAAAGGAAAAACAUGAUAAUCUCCAAAUUGAAGAAGGACAUGAUGUUUCUAGAGCAGAAGGUUGUUGUGUUAACAAGGAUGAAAAGAGCUUCUUCAGUAGCUUCAAAAUCAAACAAUACUCCGCUUCCGGUAAUGGCAAGCAAUAUUCUGUACGAUAUGAGUAGUACUAGUCCUUCCUCUUCAGACUCCGAGUCUCCUAAAGCUCCAAUGGAACGUAUUACUGAAGCAUCAGUUGAUUAUAAUACUCCUAAACAAGAAGUUUAUGCUGCAAUAGGAAGUCAGAGGCAACCAAUAGGAAAAACUCUUGUUUCAUCAUGCAAAUCUUCUGAUAGGAACCUAAAGCAGCGAUCUGUUAGUCCUCUUCAAGAGAACCAGUUGAUUGAAAAAGCUGAAACAACACCAUUGAUGAGGCAGAGGAAGUCAGCUUCUUCUGGUGGAGAUUACAAGAGAACCAAGAGGAGCAUUCAACAGGAAGCAAAGAGCACAGCUCAGAGGCGAUGGGUUUAGGUAGUUUUAACUGGGCAGUGGAUACAAGAUGAUCACUGGUAAUCAACAUUUUGGCUAUUUCUUCAGGAAAAUUAGCUGAAAGAGUGGACUUCUAAUAUGGAAAUUAGUUGCUUGCAUUGCAAUUUUGAUCUCUGCCUGAAGAUUAUGAUACAGAGUAACAUUUUGUGGUGCAUUUUACGUUGCUUUCAGUGACAGGUAUUCAUCUAUGUAUCAAAAGUAAAGAAUGGCUAAGAGGUAUUUUGGACAAGUUUUUUAGAGAAAGCAACCAAUUAUAGUAAUUUAUGCGCUUCUGUUUAUACAAUCACUUUUCACUGGAUAUUUCCUAAGAAUGUAGUAUCUUUGUUGGAAGCUCAAUCCUAACAGAGAGUGCAGAAAAUUGUGAAACAUAGUGAUACUAAGUUAAUGAUU